CCCCCCCCCCCCCCCCCCCCCCGCAAAACCCUCACUCCCGUCCUAAAACCCCUCGUCACAAACUCUCUUUCUCGGAGAACCAUAGCCAAAAACCAUGAGCUCCUUCACCAGCACUAAUUUCGACAACCUUGUCCUCCAAACCCUGAUGGGUCGCCUCCAAAUCGGCCCUUCGAACAACCAGUUCAAGUUCAACUCCCACUCCCUCGAGGACCUCCUCUUUGAUGCCGCUAAUCUCUGCGAAGAUAACAACUUUAACGACGAAAAGAGUAGGUUUUUGGCUGAGCUCGCCGAAGAAGAAACCAAAGUCGAAAUGGAAGUCAUCCGGAUCAUCCACAGCGGCAUGACAGAUACCCUCAGACCCAAUUCCGGCCAGGCCAUCACCGUCGGCGAACACAACAUUUGCGUCGGGUUUCAAGACGAGCCGGAUUCGGAUUACCGGGUAUGGGAGUGGCAUGGGCACGUAAUGAUUUUUAGCGACGAGCACGGGUACUCACCCGAGUAUAUAUAUGGUAAUUACUUUGAGAGGCUGUUGGCUAAGCCGCGUGGCAGGGAGAAGCAGAAGAAGGAGGAGAAGGAAGAGAAGGUGGGGAACUUGGGUCUGAGGGAGUUGAUUGAUGGUGGAGACGCCGAUGGUGCUCGGAUUCUUCAUCGGAGCAUGAGUAAUGGUUCUCCAAGAUUUAAAUGAGAAACCCUUUUUCAUGGUUAUUGUUCUUUUCGCAUUUCGUUUCGAAGUUGUUAAUUGCUUAUCGGAUUUAUGGGUCUAGCUGUAUUUAGAAUAAUCAUAUUCCCAUGAUUUUGUUUUUCAUUGGUUUAGUGAUGUUGUUGUGGGAUUUAUGAGUUAAUUUGUUAUUAUAUCUACAACUGGGAUUUAGGCUUUUUGGAGUUAAAAUUAGAUAUUGUGUUUUGACUGAAUAA